UCUUCCUAUACAUACAACGCAAAUCGAUACAAUCAAACGAAAAAAAACUAUUACCAUUCCUAUCACGUGCACACUAACGACCAUCGCUUGCGUAGAUCGACCCCAAUCAAUCAUCAUCGAAUAUCGUCCAACAGCUGGUACAACAGCAGUAGUGCAACCAAUAGUAGCGGCAGCGGCGAUAACCAAUCGAUCUCGCAGCAUCCGACUUGCGGUGCUGGUCCAACGACGCCCACACGUAACCUAUACAGCGCUGUCGUUGUUCAUCCAGAUACUUCUAAUUCAGCGCCGGCGGCUUCACCUGCGUCAACGCCUUCCACGUUGAAUUCUACAGCUGCAGCCGGAAUUGUUGGACCCGCACUGUUGCCCACCAGUAACAUCGAGCGCAUUCGCAAUAAUAACAGUUAUGACAAGCUUUCCUUGAGGAAGACACAGAAAUCACGUUCGUCCGACUCAGAAUCGCCAAGUGACGGAGGACUCCACCAUCAGCCGCAACAUCAUCACAUUUCGCAUCAUUCGCGGCAUACCUCUCCGAUCUCAUCGGCGAAUCACGUUCACCACCACCAUCAUCAUCAUCAUCUUGGACAAAACCACAACCACUUCGGUGCUGCUACUAGUAGCAGCCAUUCCACGCAGCAACAUACGCACAUUAGUCGGAGUGAUCGGUCCAACUCGAGAUCCCGGUCGCGAUCACCUAGUUCGUCGUGUUCGUCCACCAACAGUACAACAACAAGCCAGUCCAACGAAACUUCGUCGACAACCAGAAGUCCAGCUACACUUGUCCCAGGAGGAUGCAAUAGCAGUGCGCCGUUCGGUAGUGGUCGAGAAGUACGCUCGGAUCGAUUAGACCGUGAGCAAAUCUGCAACCGUGGAAGUCUACAGUCGGCGGUAACCGUUAGUAGUGGAAACAAUAAUGGUGGAAGCAGUUCAGGUGCUAGUAGUAGCAGUGGUUCCGGUGGUGGAAAUUUAAACUGCCACUCGGAGGAUAAUCGACCACUCGCUAUUUGUGUACGAAAUCUACCUGCCCGAUCUUCCGACACUUCGCUGAAAGAUGGUUUGUUUCAUGAGUACAAGAAACACGGGAAAGUGACAUGGGUGAAAGUUGUAGGACAGAGUACCGAUCGGUAUGCGCUAGUGUGCUUCAAAAAGCCAGAAGAUGUUGAAAAAGCAUUGGAAGUAUCCCAUGACAAGUUAUUUUUCGGUUGCAAGAUUGAAGUAGCGCCAUAUCAGGGCUACGACGUUGACGAUAACGAGUUUCGGCCGUACGAGGCGGAGUUGGACGAAUACCAUCCCAAGUCCACCCGAACUCUGUUCAUCGGUAAUCUAGAGAAAGAUAUCACCGCUGGUGAGUUACGGAAACAUUUUGACUGUUUUGGCGAAAUAAUUGAGAUCGACAUCAAGAAACAAGGAGUUAGUGCAUACGCAUUUUGUCAAUAUUCGGACAUUGUUAGUGUAGUGAAAGCAAUGCGUAAAAUGGACGGUGAACAUUUGGGUAGCAAUCGAAUCAAGCUUGGGUUUGGUAAAUCGAUGCCCACAAAUUGUGUAUGGAUCGACGGAAUUUCGGAUAGUGUUGGGGAAGGAUAUCUGGAAUCUCAGUUUGAUCAUUUUGGAGCCGUUUCUCGUGUGAACAUUGAUCGCGAAAGAAAACUGGCGUUGGUUUUCUUCGAACAGGUUCAGUGUGCGCAGGUAGCUGUGAAAGAAAUGCGUGGUGCGACGUUACGCGGUCGUAAACUGCAAGUGGAUUUUGCUUCGCGUGAAUGUCAGGACGCUUUCUUUGAUAAACUGGACAAACAAACCAAUCCGUCUUUUGGUUCACCGCGUUUCGAUUCUGGUACCAGCGGUCGAUAUAGUAACAGUCGAUACGUGGAAGGUUCCAGUCGAAGUAGAGCCGCUUCCUUCAGUAGACCCAGUAAUCCUCUGAGUCUUAGUGGGGCAGUUUCCCCUAGGCUUGAUCCAUCACCUGUUUCAUCCAAUAGAGGUGGUGGAGUAGGAAGUAAUUCCAGUACUCGAUCUCGAAUUGUUCGAUAUUCGAACGAUGAUUACUAUUUGGACGGCGCUAACAGCACUCACAGCAAUGAAAGGAGGUUUCGCAACUACGAUGAGUAUAGUCAAGGUUCUGCUGCCAGUUCACAUGAGGAUUCAUACGAGCACGAUGGGGGAUAUAAUAGCAGUCACACGCGGAGUAGUGCUCAUGAUCGGUUACAACCACCACCAACUUCGGAUUCUCCUCCGCCGAUUGUGGCAUCAAGCGGGUUAUCAUCGUCGAUACAGUCCCGCUUGGGAGAGGUUGAACCACUUGUUGGCGUAGCCAGGAAACGAAAUGAGAAAAGUCCAGGUGAUAUACGAUAUUUACAGAAAGAAAGAGUGCAUAUUUUAGAACAAUUAGAAGAAUGCCCGUCCAGUGGUGAUGAAUUAGUGAGUCCAAAGAAACGUAUCAAAUACAAUUCGGAUGCUCACCAUAGCAGUGACCCAUCUGAUCAUCACCAUCCUCAUUAUUCUUCGGAUGGUGUGAAUGACACGGCUUGCAGCAGUGCAUGCGAUUCGGCAGUGAUGGCCUCUGCUGGAGGAAACGGCGGCGGCGGGCAUCAUCACUACGGAAGCAGUAGUAGCAGCGGUAAUCAUUACAACAGUCACCAUCAGCAUCAUCAUCAUAAUAGUAGUGAAAAUUGUGUGCAGUCUGGUUUUUCAUCCUCUGCGGUCGCGCAUCACAGAAAAUGCGUCGAAGUACGACGUCUCUCAGACUGCAACUUGCAGCAAUCAAAAACAUUAUCAAGCCAAUCAACGCCUUCAUCUAUGCAUAGUAACAAUAAUAGCAGAAGACCGUCCACUGACAGCACUACGUUGCAUCAAAGACAUGGUAGCAGUAGCAGUAAUAGUUCUUCCAGUUUACAACAAUCACAUCUAGAUAGUGGACACCCCUAUCCGCAUUCGUUAAGUAAACGGCGGAAAACGAUCCUGAACAGUGACAAUAGUAUGACUGUUAUUGCAAGUGCUGGAGCAUCCACCGUGUCGUCCAAUGAGCACCACCAUUCGUCUCGUGGUCGAGGUCACCAGUUACACUCAUUACAUUCCCACGAGGCAAGUGGAGGUGAAAGUGCCGAUGGAUCACGACCUGGAACACCGCUUUGUGAUGAACGACCAGAGAAUCUUCCGCCUAGUGAACCCCGACGAAUACCCACUAGUCGAACGUACAACCAGGAACCGUUAAGUUUACCAUUACCACGAUUUGCGAUACAGUUUCUGCAGCAAUAUCGGUUGCAAAACCAAUCACAGUUACAAUCAUCAACGACUUCAUCCUCGACGUCGAUGGUUGCUGUUUCGACGCACUCUUCAACUAAUGCUCUGCUUGGUUCAUCACUACAGCAAGCUUUUUCGUCGUCGUCGUCAUUUCCUGCCGUUCCCGGCUCUUCGGUACAGUCUCAAAGUGCUUUAAGCUCUUUGAGUUCCGCGUCGUCCAGUGCUGCUAUAAGUGGUUCAACUUUACAUGCAUCAAAUUCUAGUCUAUUAAACAACACGCUUUCGAGUACCCCGCCAAUGCACCCUUCCAAGCUGUCGCUGGUGAUACCACCGAGUUUGGGUUCAGGGAACAAUACAGCAACUGAAAAUACCCAGGCAUCUACCAGUUGUGCGACAAACACUUUGGAACAUGGAGAUCAAGCACCUGCCAGUCCUUUGAGAGCGCCAUCUGUCAGUUCUAAUUCAAGCGAUUCUGACGGUGGUCCCUCAAUCUCACCAUCUUUGGAAGAGAGAAUAAACCGGCUAGAUGAGAUGUAUGAAAAAUGGUCUGGUAACAGCCAAACUCGGUUGAAUAAUGCAACAUCCGAUCAUCAUUUCGGUGAACGACAUCACAACCAUGCUUUGUAUCUACAUAAUCAUAUUGGUUCCGGUGCAACGUCUGGUAGCCUCAAUCAAUCACCCGUUUCUAAUGUUUCAUCAUCUUCUACAUCAUCUUUCCGACACAAGUUUCUUGAGCUUGAUGUACAUGAAGUCCCUCCAUCCGAUAUAGUAAAGUCGGUUCUCUCACGAAAAUCAAUCUUUGACGAAGAUCUCAAACGGUUGGAAAACAUCAGUGACAAAUACGAACCGGGUGUGUUUACUAGUUACACCAAAAAUACUGUUAAUUUCAACGCUACUGGUUUAGUGAGUUCAGCAACGGUGUCGCCAGUGAACACUAUUUUGGCAUCGCAGUCUCCUCUGCAUGCCCUAAAAGCCCAGACACCACCAGCAACAAGCUUGCAACGGCUAGGCAGCAGUAGCACUUCUGGAUCACCUAUGAAUAGUCCGCAGCCGUAUAACAGUCCAAAUCCUUCAGUGAAGUCUAGUUUACAAUAUCCGUUUCCAAGUCACCCACCUACGAUGCCGUCAGUAGCUGUCACUGCAUCUGCUCCCAUGGGUGCGGCCCAUACGACGUUAUCUGUGACGUCACCAGUAACAACUAAUGCAGUUACAACUCUUACCGGUAGCACUGCUGGAACGAUCACCACUUCCCAUUGUCCUAGCAACACUCCGUUCACCGUUUCUUCCUCUCCUUCGCAUAUAUUCACCAGUGCAACAAGCAAUUCAGUGACCUCUGUUCCGAUUAAUAGUUGGGCGAUAGCCUCAAGUAGUCACUCCGGUACGACGGCACCAACAACAACACUGUGCAGGAGUAAUUCGGCUAUCCUAACCAAUAAACCAAAGACCAAUGUUUUAAACAAAAGUAUUAGUUUAACGGAAAAAGCAAGUACAAAUAUUAGUAGUAACAACAAUAAUAACUUAACGUGUAAUAGUAAUAACCUAACGAGUACUAGCAGUAGUUGUAACACUAGCAUAAAUGAAUCAUCUGCAACGGUAGCAACUACGAACACUAUUGCAACGACAACGAGCAUAACAACACUGAAAGUAUCCUCAACGAUCUCUUCUUCUUCUUCAUCGACAUUGCCAAUCGAAGUGACUACUGUGGCUACUGAUGCCACGUCGGUCGCACAGCAAACGGAUUCACUAGUAUCAACAGGUGCCAGUUCUUCUAUCAACUCUACCGCCACCCCGAGGUUGCAACCAUCUUCAGCUUCAAACUCUAAUAAUCCCAAAAACGCUAUACAUACGACAGCUCCGCCUGGUAGUACAAAUUCCGGUACAAUUAGAUCGAACAAUAUACCGACAAUUUCAACGAACACUUCCACAGAGGGGGUACAGCAGCAUUCCAGUAAUUCUAAUACUAACAACAAUGGCAGUAACAGCAGCACUAGCAAUAGCGAAAAAGAGGAUAGACACAGUAGCAAUGGCAGUUCCGGAACUAAGCAUCACAAAGAUAGACGGAAACUCUCGACGGCUUCCUCAUGUUCGACAAGCUCCACAGGGUCGUUUACGCCAACUACCUCCUCGAAUCAUUCUCUAUUGUUAGAAUCAAAACCGUGUGAAACCUCGCUUAAAGAUGAGAGUCAUUCCCAGUGUCACCACCAACCAUCACUCCCGGUUAGUGGAAACCCUGGUGGAACAUACAAUAAACAAGUGAAAUCAAACCAUCUUCACAGUCACAGGCAUUCCUCUGACAGUUCAAGUAGCAUCAGUAGCAAUACAACUUCGGGUGUUUCUUCUAAAGGUGGUCACAAUCGAAACGGUUCGGAUGAUGCGAAUGAGUUCGAUCGACUAAAGUUGGAAGUAUCGGUGAAUAACGUCAAUCUAAAAAGUGGGUGCUUAAGUCGCAAGGAAAAAGAUGUGCAGGAUCGCGAGGCAUCGGAUAAAGAGUGCACAGUUCAAGAAUCACAUUUAUCUAGAGAGAAAGAAGACCUGAAGCGUGCUUUAGAACAUAAAGGCAAAGAACAUGAGGAACAGAGGCGUAAACACAAGGAAGACAAUGAACGGAAUGAGCAGGAAGAACGUAGCAAACCGACGGAGAAGGAACACAAAUCGCUUAAAGAACGAGACGAGAGGGAAAAGGCUGAUCGUGAGAAACGCGACAGGGAAAAGAUGCGGUUACAUUACGAGUCGCCGCUUGAAACACUGGACUCCGAGAGCAAUAUUUCAACUAGAAAUGCAUGCGACGAGUUGGUGAACCAUCUGCAAAAAGAACGCCGUGAUACCGUCAGUUCUGGAGGAAGUUCAUCACCUGUUCGAAACUCAUCUAAACGUAGACUGAGCUCUCAGGACAGUAAUGAUUCUCCCAUGGAAGAACCCAACGCGCUUAAGAAGCACAAGCAGGACAACCAUGAGAGUGACCAUAUUCCCGUACGAAAAGACUCUGGAAAAGAGGGAAAGAAAGAAAAGCAUCAUAAGAGUUACUCGCGUUCUGAGAAAUCGUGCAAAUCCUUUGGCAUAACAUCCGUACAAUCAGAAAAAUCAGUUCCACAAGCGAAUGUUUUAAGCAGCACAGGUAAAAAUGAUAAUUUAGACGAAAAGCAGCAGUUUAUCUUAGAAGAACGGCGUAAAGAAAUAGUUUUUUCGACAGAAGAACAAAUGCAGCAGAGUCAUCAUCAUAAAAAGAAGGAUCGCUACCAUGAAAAGCAUAAAUCUAAAAAAGAACGAGACGCAUUCAGAGAUAAAGAAAAUACACAGAAUGUUAAUUUCACUGUGGAACAUUUUGCUGACCAUCGCUCCACUAGUGAUGAAGAGGAACAUGCGCGUGUUCACCAUAAGAAAGAACGAAAAAGUUCGAAAGACUACAGUAAACGUUAUCAUAGCGAAAGUGGUAUAGACUAUAAAAAAUACGAUCGCAAACUGAGUCGAGCGGAAUCUUCUGCAGACGAAGAAGGCAAAAGAAAAAAGAGUCAAUCAAAUAAUCGUAUAAAACCGAUUAACAAUAGUUCGGAUACGGAUGACUCAGACGAGCCCAAGAAGCAUUCGAUUUUUGAUAUCCCAGACGAAGGACCUAACAUCUCAAUGUAUGACAAAGUAAAAGCACGGUCUUGUAAGAACAUGCAAAAGCAAGAGGAAGAGAAAAAAAUUAAAGCGAAAUUCUCCAAGUUAAAACAAAGUCGGGCAAAGCGUGAAGGAAAGAACCGCUCCAAGAGUUGGGACGAAGAUUCCGACACGGAUGGUAUGAAUUCUGAUACCACGAUAAACAGCAAAUACAACUCUAAGGAUCAACAUAACAAAAGUGGCAUCACAACUUCGGAUGACGAGGAACAUUUGCCCACGACACCACGUAUUAGACGGCAAACGAAGGACCAUCUCCUCACUGAUUCGGAAGAGGAACAUAGUCGCAUUCGAAGUAAUCGCGACCGGCUGAAUAAUCUGUGUGACGACGAAAGUUCCGAAGGCGAUCAAUCGCAUAAGCGUGCACCUCAUACGCCACGACGCUCUUCUAGUGAGAAAAAAGCGUCCCGCAAAAACUCACGAUCAACUAGGAUACAAUCAGACACUGAUUCCGAAGACAAUGGAUCCCUAUCCCGUCGUAAACAUUCUGCUCAUGGAGAUCGAGAAGCUGAGUAUCACAACGCCGUGGAAGAUGAUAGUAAGUCUCAUACUUCUGUGCAAAAUAUCGAUUCUUUGAUAAUCAAACAGGAAAUUAAAAGUGAAGAAGACAUAACUCAAGAAGAACUUGGUGCUAAGGUUGCUGUCAAAGUCGAAACAAAGGUGCAGCCUCCUUCGGCCUUGAUUACCAGCGAUGUGUCGGACGAUGAUGUUGUUAAGAGCGUCGUCAAAUCAGAAUUUAUUCCAUCCACUAUGAUAAAAAAAGAGUUGGUGGUUGAAGUUUCGCCUUAUACUAACAAAUGCUUAGAGCAACUUUGCGAUUCAGUUUCUUCUGAGAAUGAACCGACUACAGGAACUGUGACUGAUGCGGAUAAGAAAAAUGCUAUCAAUACUGCGGUUGAUCAGCUAAUUUAUGAUCAUUCAGAUGCAAAGAAAAAACACAAGAAAAAACAAAAGCGUCACAAAACAAUGGAAUGCUCGGAGGGAGACAUGAAAGGCGAAAAGGUACAAUCUCCGGCUGACAGUAGUGGGCUGAUCAGCGAAAUUUCCAAAAGAAAUAAUGAUGAACAAAUUUAUGCUAGCUCAAAGAAAAAGCAUAGCGGUAAGAAAGAUAAACGACGAGAUCGUACCAAGGAGGAGUAUGAGAAAUCGAGUAAGUCGAAGAGGUCCAAAAACAAACAUAAAGAAGGUAGUAAAGUUACAGAGCUUGCUACAGGUAAUACCAAGCGUGAGGACAAAAUGGAAGAUAUUUUUGGCCCAAUUUCUGAUGAGGAGUCGCAGCAUUCAUCGGUGGAAACGGAGUCCUCAGUUAAGCAUGAGUCAAUUGAUGAGAAGGCCAGCAUUAAGGAAGAAUCAAAGCAGCAAGAAAGAGGUGCUGGUGAAAAUGAGUUAACGGUAAAGGAAAAAGCUAAAGAGGAGUCGCGUAGAAGAAGGGAACGGAAACGUCGGGAACGCGAAAAGAUCAGAGCUGAGAUGACUAUGAAGGAAGAAGAAAAUAGUGUCGAUCUUGAUGAGGCUGGCCGAGCUCUUGAAGCUCAAUUGAUGAGUGAUUCUGAUCAGAAAGCUGACGAUGCGUCACCAACGUCAACAACUGCAACCAGUGGUAAACGAUCAUCUGUUGAUGUGAUGGAUGUGUUUCGUUUCACAGAUGGCGAUGACAGUAUGGAAACAUCCUUUAGUGAGAAGAAAGAAUCGGACCAUAAUCGCAGAGAAAAGAAAAAGAAGAAAAAACGCGGGAAAGAUGAAAAGCACAAGCACCAUCAUAACAGUGGUGGCAGUAGUAAUCACUCGAAUCCACCGACAACUACGCCCUUCACACCUACUAAUAGCAAGUUAUCGUUGGAUAUAAUAUCAGCGCAGCAGGAAGAUUCUAAGCAUAAUCUAAGUAAACAAUCGCCGAGUUUACCAUGUCUGCUGGAGGACAGUCCGCCGUGUAUAAAUCGGCAAUCAGCCCUUCCAACAUCGGUGCAGAUUUCAUCUGGACAUUUGUCUCCAACUACGCCAAUUGGUCAUGAAAUAGCAUGUUCUACUCCUACAAAACAGAUAGACGCAGAAAGUAUAUCAUCAACCAAUGAAGAUAGUCAUUUGGCGAGACAUCCCGAUAUAAACUCUUCUCAACAGAUGCGAAAAUCUGAAAAAAUGAUUCCAGGCUUCAGAGAGAUCGAUCAGCAAUUGCACGAGAAAGCCGUACAAUCUAUCUCGGGUGAAUUCAUCACAGAGAAAACCGAAAAAGAUGAUCCGAAGAUUUCGGAUGUUGACAGCUCGCUUAAAGAGAAAUCGGAGGACUCGAAAGUAGAAGAAAAAUCACGAGCUGUUAUUUCUCAAGAAGAAACGGAGGAUGCAGUUGCGGCUUUGCUUGGUGAGAGCUUUGGAACAUCAAAUACUCCGGAUUUUUCAAUAGACUAUUCGCUCGAUCCAGUCGAAGAGUCGUCUUCUCAAUUGAAUGCUGAUCCAGCUCAAAUUCCUGAGGAGGACGAUGAAGAGAUGAAAAAGGCUAUCCUGAGUUUGAAUACGGAAGAACACAUCAAACUUGAUAUGAAACCUGAUACUCCGCAGUCCGAACAUGAUUUACAGAUCGACACCGAUACAGAUGAUGCAGUAGAUGAAGAACACCCGGCUAGUUUGCCACGCUUUGAUAAUCCACCGAAGACACCAGAUGUGGAUCUGAGCCAAAUCGGCAAGCCAUUUUCGGACGCCGGGAAUACUGUUUCUGCUCCUAAUUCUGCGAAAAAAGAAGAUAAAUUGGAAAUGCCGGACACCCCGGGCAAAAAUGUUCCCAUUGGAAACCUUGCACCUCCAACUGCAUCAAAAGAAAAUGCAACAGUAUCAACUGUGAUUGCCAAAGUUACGCAUACAACUACAGAAGCCACUGCUCUCAAAACGACAGUAACAGUUACUAAACCAACCGUUUCGCUUCAGGCUCCUAUAAUUGUACAAAGUCAAAAGAUUCCAACAUCGUCUAGCAUAGUUACUGGCAAAGAUGUCUAUAAUAAAACAGCUCCGGCAGUGGCUUCAACAACCAAAUCACCAACCAUAUUCACAUCUGCUGCGUCAUCAAUUCAAAGCAAAUCUAUAUCGAGUGUGUCACAGAAACCUGCAUUGGUAGGCGUUCAACCAGGCCAAGCCCAAACGCCACCGCAAAUUCGUCAUCAGUAUAUUAUGCAAGCUCCUCCCACAAUAAAUAUACCAGAGCAGCACACCGUGUAUCACACCAUGGACACUGUGAUGUCUCCACGUGGACCGAAUGUGAGUGAUCCCAGAGUGCAUUCUCCUAAGCUACAAAUUCAGCCAAACACACCUUUUAUGCGAACAACAUCACCAACAGCAACUAGUCCAAAUGUAUUGCGUCCUCAGUCAAUGCCUAAUCGUAAAUCACCACAACUCAGUCCUGUUUUGAGUUCACAUCCUAUGAUUAUCCAUCAAACAAGCGGACAUAUCUUAAUGUCAUCGACAAGCCCAAAUAAUCAGUUUGCAAACAAAACAGGACAAAUGACUCAGUCCACGCACACUGGAGCACGACUCCCUAUUGGAACGCAGGUGAAGACAGUUCCAUCUACGCAGAAGACAAAUGAUCAAGUGUUGGCCAAACAGAACAUUAGUUCAUUUAGUAUGGCUCCUGGAACACGAAUAGUAACAACAAUGACAAAUACUGCAUCUACUUUGCCAAUCAUUGGCAAUGAAAUAACCGGUACAGCGGGAUCGGGAGUCAAAAUAUCCGUGCCUCCUGCAACGAUGCCUGUUACAACUUAUGUAAUUCACAACACAAAAACAUUAGAGUCAGGUCAAAAACCGGGAACAUCAGCUAAAACCAUUAUCCAUCAACAGCCAGUUUACAUUCAACACGCUGUCAAACAGUUUGUUCCACAGCAACCACUAUCGAUAGUACAAGCACAAACGGGAGCCAAUAUCCAAUCUGUUCGACAAAUUACGCCACCAAUUGUGUCAACAACAGCGAGCAAUGUCAUUGUUGCUAGGCAGAAGGAAGAUAAUAAAAUCCAAAAUUCUAUUAGUACGAUAACCUCGAAUCCCAGUGUUCACCCUGAAAUAUCCGCAGAUGUUUCGACUACCCUUGAGAGUCCUACAAGAAUGCAAGUAAAAGACAGUCAGCUGGCUAGUGAGCAGCCUAAACCAGCAGCAGAUGAUCAAAUAGCGGUUCCGAGAGAAGCAAAAUCAAAUUCCGCAUCAGCGACAUCUGUAACAGAUGAAGGAAAAGCUUUGCCAGAAUCUAUGUUGACAGAGGAAAAUGUGGCCAAAAUUCCCGAUAAUUCUAGUGGCAGCAAUGUUCUGGGAAUAGAUCAGGAAGAUCAAGAAGGAGAUUCCAAAGAAGAUAGUGAUUAUUGGUCUUCUAAAGACACAAUUAUUGAUUCAGUCAUCAAAAAAGUGGAUGCAUUAUGUUCGGAGGACGAUGCUUCCGAAGGUGGUUCCGAACUGAACAAAGAAGACUGGACCAACCGAGAGGAUAAAUCAAAGGUAUCAUCUGUCAACAGUGGAUCCAAUAUAAGCGGGGAAAAUGUUGUCGAUGCCGCUAAACCGGAUGAAACACAUAAUAAUGCACAAGUUUCAAAAUUGGACGAACCACCGGAAUUGAAACAGAGCCCCAUGUCAUCAUCUACAGCAGAUAAAUCUGCUAAUGCCUCAAUGGUAAGCAAAUCGACACGUUCCAGUGAAUCAGAUACGACUUCAGCAGCAGAGGAACACAGUAUCGACCAGCUAACGCUUGAAAAUGUAGUACAGGAUAUCUCCGCUCGAGGCGGUAAACGUGGCGGUCGUCGUGGAGGAAGGAAGGUGUCUGAAAGUAUGGCCACUCCAGCCAAACCACCUCUAGUGGAGAAAACGCCGGAGACAGAAGUAAGCUCGGUUUCAAAAAGAGGCGGUAAAACUGGAGCAAAAAGAGGACGCGGUGGCGGCAGAGGUGGUAGCAAUCGAGGGGGUCCUGCGCCCGUACAGUCCUCCAUUACACCGGAUGGCAAAGGUAAAACAUCUAACUCUGGAUCAGAUGUCUAUGAGUUCCAUGAUGAUUCGGGAGAAGAAGUGGCGUCUGGUGAUAAACAAGCAACUGAUACUCGACCAAGGUUAAUAAUGACUAUCAAAAACCAACCACCAGUCUCUACUGUUGCCACCACUGGUAACUUGGGUACAGCCCCAGUGACCAGCACUGCCCCAUUGAUUUCUACCGCUGUGAGCAGUGCUACGACAAUAAAUAUUCUGGCGAAUCCUCAGCUGCAACCAACCACAUCUUGUCCUGCAACUCAACCGCCAGUGGAGGUUCAAAGUAUUCCCGCUCCAGCUACCGAUAGCUCAAAAGAAGAGUUUGUUCAUCCUUUGGGAAAUACAAGAAAAUCACGACGUUUGUUAGAGAAAGAUGGACGCACUACAGUUGAUGAUAUUAUCGAAGACGUCAUUCGGAAUGGUCCAUCAUUGGGGGUUACAUCUCAUCCAGUGUCAGCCGUACCACAGCAAUCACAAACAUCAGUUAGUCAGCAAUUUCAACAACAGGCUGCAAUGCCUGCCAGUGGUCCAGCCGGAACGAUUCUGCCACCGCAACAGCCACCAUUACCUUCAACUGGUGAUGACUUUUCCGCACAAUCGGCAGCUCGAAGACAUACCAGGCAUAUGACACCGACAGUUAACGUUCCUAUAACUGAUGCUCGUAAAUCACCACGUGCAGGUCGGAAGGGUAAAGAUCGCAAAAUAUCUGAGAGUUCAGUCGAUAGCAAUGACGAAAAAUCGACGGGACCAAUGGUAAGACCCAUGCAGAUCGAUGCGAAGGUUGAUGAAAAGUCAGUUGCCGGAACUCUUACUGCAACCACACCGAUAACUCCGAGUGUGCCAGUUACUCGACCGAACGAGACAGCUUCACUUGCAGAUAAGAUGAUGACUAAAGAGAAAUCGAAGUCAUCCGAAGAAUUCAAACCUGACAUGAAUCCUAUCGCACCAUCGACAAACUCACUAACCUUGAUAGAUCCAGUUACUGGUGAGCUAACGGUAAUGCGAACGGGCAAAGAAGGUCAGUAUGUACCAAUGGCUAAUGCUCCGCAACCACUCAAGAAAGUAAUUGCAGCUGCAGUCAACGCUCAAAAUGUGGCAGAUCAAUUGAAAAGUACAACUUCGUCACCUACACCUCCCAUUUCGGCAUCAGCGUCACCAAUUCCGAAUCGUGUACCAACGCCUGGAACUGUGCCAUCACCUGGAAUUACCCGAGUACCGACGCCCAAUACAACGGUAGCACCUCAUCCACAUCAGCCAUUGGAAACACAUAAGAUAUCCACAUCGAUGGUUGUCAAGCAAAGUAGUCCACUGCCAUUGACUUCUCAAAGCUCGACUAUUCCGGCUACUACUGUGGUUAUACCAUCACCACACACCAGUGCAACAGGAACUGUUGUGAUACAGCAAGGUCUUUCAAAUGUACAACCUCAGACUGUCGUUCAACAUGGUUCAGCUAAGCCACAUACUCUAAAGGCGCAUGUUCUGAGCUCGCAACAACAGAUGAUGCAACAACAACAACAGCAACAACAGGCACCAUCUAACAAGCCGUAUCAACAGUCAACCUCACAGCAGCCACAGAUUGUGUAUAAGUCGAUACCAGUACAACAACCAGGAGCUAUUCAUACAACCACUGGGAAGCAAAUUCAUCCAAGCACAAACAUCAAAUUACCGUCACAGCAAGGAAUGCAUUCUCAGGCCGCACCGCCUCAACAAAUUAUAAUUCAGAACACAAUACCCCAGCAGCAACAGCAAAUGACAAUCAAUAAACAUACGCUCAUCAACAAACAGCCUCAACAACAACAGCAACCACAUCAAACUGCUAUUCAUCACCCACCUGGUAGUGGAAAUUUGUUAAUCAACAUACCGCAAAACAUGCAUCAACUUGGAAACGUGCCAAUUUCUCCGAGACUACCUCAGCACCACCAAGUAGUGAUUGCCGGUACAAAACCCGGUCAAACCGGACCGCCCGUUGUUAUGCAACAAACACAAGCACCACAUUCAUCACAAGUUAUUAACAAGCAGCAAACCCCGAUACAAUCAGGACAGCAAUCUGGCACACAGCAAAUUAUCAUUCAUAGUGCCAAGAUCCCUUCUGGCCAUCAACAGCUUCCAGCGGGCUACACAACUGUGCUUCAAACUGGAGGAAAAAUUAUCCACCAAGGUCCUAUUCAGCUGGGACCCCAGCAGCUUGGUCAAGGUUCAAUCCAACAGCAAUCUAUCAGCGUUCCCGGUAAGCAUGCAACCCAGACGAUUCAAAUCUCCGGACCCAGUACAGGUGGAGGUAUUCCGCUACACUAUCAGAAUCCACCUGGGCCACAGCAACCAACGAUUGUGCACAAGACCAUCACCACCGUUCACAGCAAUCACCAACAGGUUAAACUUCAACAGCAUACCCAUCACAAAGUUGGAGCACCUGAAACGCUUGUUCAUAUGCAACCAAGUGGUCAUCUUAGUGGAAAAACAAUGGUACAACACAACGUUCCUGGUAAAUUGACAUCGCAACCUCAACAGUUGGCGAGCCAAAAUCAACCGUUAGGGUUGGGAAAAGUGAACCAUGUGAUAUCUACCCCACCGGUAUCCAGUGGUAAUCAGCAACCACCGCAACAACAACCGUCACAAUUACUAACUAUACAACAACAGCAAGGCGGCAAAGGAAUUGGGUCCUCGCAUCUGCACCAGACGACGCAAAUUUUGACCGGAGCCGUUGCAAGUCCACCACUGAAGCAAUCUCAUAUGCAAAGCCAGCAGCCAAUUGUUGCGGGAGCAAGCAGUGGGCGGGUGGCAAUACCGUCCAUUAGCCCGCAAGGUCAACAACAGUCAGGUCAGACUCCGCAGUCACAACUCGGAUCACAUUUACGGCAUGUGCAACAAUCGGGAUUAAAUGUGUCCUCUCAAGUUGCAUACGAAGCCAACCCGCACGGAGAUUUGAUCGGAUUCAUCGCUCGAGGGCAAAGCCCUCCUCCGGCACAUCAACAACAGUCAUCACCAAUUACACCGACCGAUGCCACUUUCCGUGGAGGAAUGCCUCGAGAUUACGUCAAGUACAUGUAUGGCAGAAGUAAUAUUCAUAUACCAAGUCGAUCGCCAUUACUACCCGGGUCGGCCGAACAGCGUGAGCUUUCCGAGAUCGAGGAAACAGUUGCAGCUAGCCCUCCUUUGGAACUAAGACGCCCAUCUAGUGGACCACGCCCCUUGACAACUGCUGUACCUCACAGCCUGCAAAGCCCCGGAGAUAGGUCUACAGAUUCGCCGCAAGUGGCGCAGGUAUACAUAGGAAGUGCACGCAUACCCCAUACAUACUCGGAUUCUCUGAAUACUCGUUUCUACGAUCCUGUAGCUGGAGGUCCUAACGCUCCACCGCGUUCACUGAGCGCUGAGCCCCCUCCAGCUCAUCGACCACACAAUCUAUCGACAUCCAGCGGAGGAUUCCCGGCGGGCUCCUAUCCUGGAACACCUAGUCAAACACCACCUCCGCCAUCACCGGCGAAUCUAUCGCAACAACAAGUUCAGCAACAACAGCUGCAGCAACGUGAUAUGCAGCAACAGCGAGAUCGCGUUCCAGUACAAGGCCAUACCCCAAUAACGCCCAUUUCCGCAGGGCCGCUUCCAGCACAUACCGGAGGUAUUACAGCGGUUCUAUCGCAACCGACUUCAGCAGCAGCUGGUAGAGGUAAAGGCCAAAUCGCUACUCCACCAAUUGGAGGUCCAGUAGCAGCACCAACACAGAGUGACUCGUUGGAAGCAUUAUUACAGCGAUAUCCGGUGAUGUGGCAGGGCUUAUUGGCACUCAAAAACGACCAAGCUGCAGUACAGAUGCAUUUUGUCCACGGUAACCCAGGUGUUGCUGGUAGCUCGCUGCCAAGUAAUAGCGACGGAACGACGCCCCCGCUGCGAAUUGCACAGCGAAUGCGGCUUGAACCAGCACAAAUUGACGGUGUCGCAAGAAAAAUGCAGGUGGACCAAGAACACUGCAUGUUACUUGCCUUGCCCUGUGGCCGUGACCGUAUGGACGUAGUUCAGCAGCAGAACAAUUUGCAAACCGGAUUCAUCACUUACCUACAGCAGAAACAGGCGGCCGGUAUCGUGAACAUUGCUGCACCAGGCAGUUCCCAGGCCGCCUACGUGGUGCAUAUCUUUCCGUCAUGCGAGUUCGCUAAUGAAAAUCUAGCGCGUAUCGCACCGGAUCUAAUGCACCGGGUGGCGAACAUUCAGUAUCUACUGAUAGUAAUUGCCACAGUGUAAAAUGACUUAACAAUCCUGAACUGAAGUAAUUUGUAACUGACGUUGACAUCAUGUAAUGGAAGCAAAGCAACGUUCAAACGUUCGCGGGAAAGCUACGAAUUGAUCUCAUUAAAUUACUGAUUUACUAGUACUACUAGCGAGAGAAAAGAGACAAACUGAAAGAAAAAGAGGCAAAUGAUAAGGCGAGAAUGAAGUUGUACCCUAAACCGUUCAUGAAAGCAGUGAUAAUUUAGGUUUUUAAAGUCAGAAAGACAAGUUGGGAGAAGGUAGAGAUAGUGCAGAUGAUAAGAGAUGCUAGUGUUGAGCAUAAGUUGUUGAAUAAUAUGUUAAGAAAGAGAAAUAAAAGUGGUAAUUUAUAAGAAGCUAUUGAUAAAUGGUUAAAUAAUCUUAAACAUAACUGCAAAAAUAAAACUUGCUAGCGAUAAAAGAGAAGAAAAAAAAAGAGAGCCAGAGAAGUACAGAAAAGCCACCAAAAAGCUGUUUCUAAUUCAUAUAUGACAGUUUCAGUGAUGAUUUGGAAAACGAUUUUUCUUUGUUUGUCCACGCAAAAUUGCGUGGGUAGGGAUGACGUCUACGUGAAAACUGUGAUUUUGAUCAUAAUUUUUAAGUAUUAUGAACUCUUUAAAUUGCAAGAGGAAAAAGCACGCAAAACAAAGAUACAAAAAAAGGAAAGAUCGGAAACGCGCCAAGCGACAUGUUGAGUAAUUGUAAUUGCUUUUCUUCCGUUAGAUUUUGGUCUUUGUACUUUUAGUCGCGAUUCUGUGACUAUUCUAGAGAAGAGUUUCACUUCUAUAAUCCCUUCUUAUCACUAAUUUAUUGACUAUUGUUUUUUGUUAACGAAUGUGUAAAAUAGAUUUGCAGUUUUUUCGGUUUUCGAAGAAUUAACAAACACCUGAAUUUGUCGUAAUGCGGAGAUGUCGUAUAAUAUUUAUAUUAUUUGUAUAAAGAGUAAGUGUGUAAUUGUUGAAGCUGCGGAGCUAGAAUUACAAAUACACACACACACACGAUGAAGAAGAAAAAGAACAAAUGGGGAUAACACUGUAUAAUAUACAAUUAUUGUAUAAGUUAUUGAUAAAAACUCAUGGUAGUGAACAAAACCUAUAACUGUUUCUAAAUAUCGUUGAGGACGGAAUAGAAGAAAUCUGUGUCAAAUAUUACACAGAUCAACGAAACGAGAGUAAAGUUUAAUGCUGGUAACGUGAGUUUCCUACGACUAUGCGUUAUUGUUUCAGUUUUAAGUAAGAAGGUGUAAUUUAGGGUUUAGCGAUAAAUGAAGUUUUUUUCGAUUGUAAAUAUAAUCUUAACAAAUGAAAAACAAGGUAAAAAUAGUCGCUAAAUCGAAAAUCUUUAAAGACCUAAGCAGUUUUAGUGAGUGUGUGUGAAAGAGAACGGCAAAUUGGGGUUGAAGCUAAAAAACACACGUUUAAAUACCCACUAAAUUUCAAGAACAUUAAAAAUCAAUAAUUGUAUAUAUGCCACGAGGGAAACCAAGCUGUUAAAAAUAUUAAAAUCAUAACAAUCAUGAUCGUUUACAAGAAGGUAUAGAAAGCAUUGAAUGUGGGAAGUGUCUUCUUUUUUCUUUACACUUGGGAAUGCUUUUUCCGUAUGGAUAGACUCUCUUGAGUUGCACUACGGAAUCAGCCUGUGGGUCUGCAAAAUCUGAUGUGCACAAAACUCAAACGUGUGGAAAAAUCUACUCCAUAACGUAAGAGUUAUACAUUUUUGGCAGCUCUAAAAAAUAAGUUGUUUUCUUGCUCUUUCGUAUUUAUCUUUGGUGACGAAUGGUGAACUUUUAUAUGAUGUAGAUGUAGAAAAGGAAACCAAAUCCAUUGCUCAGUAAACUGGCAGGAGAAAUGCUCAUCCGCCGUUGUAAAACCAUUAUAAGAAAAAAAGGUUAAUAACUGCAAGAAAAUUCAAUACAAAAAUGAUAGCAAAUAAAAUCAUGCCGAAAUAAUGACUUUGGUGAAAAUGAACGCAUCAGAAUUCAGAAACAGAAUAAUAUGUAAUAUCGAAGAAAUAUUUAGAUAGCAAAAUUAUAUAUGUACUCUACGUAAAAUUCGCGACAAAACAAUGAAAACAUAAAAUAGAUUACUGAACAUCAACAUGCAAACUAGCAAAUACGAAGAACUGAAUUCGAUCUAGCAAAGAGCACAGCUUUUUCGCCGAUUUCUCUCGCUGGUGCUCUCGUUUCAAGAGUCCUUUUACAUAAAUUACCCAACCAUCUUUUACUAGGCACUGGAGACGUCAUCAAUCAACACACAAGCAGAAAAGUAACUUACCUAAUAGUUGGAGAAGCUACAAAACACAGAAAAUAAUAAUAGAGAAAACAAUUGGAAAGCAGCGAUCAAAUAUCUAGUAGAAAUAUCAUCAAUAUAAAGCGAAGCGGUAAUCAGUUUAAAAAUAGAAUCCCUGCAAAAAAAAACGAUGAAACACCCAAUUAAUAGCCACACAUACAAAGACACACACAAGCAUGGGCAAGAAACUGUAACAUUAGAUUAAAGCUGCUGUAAAUGGAAAAACCUACAACACACACACACCCACAAAAAUACGAUUAUUUAAGAAGAAAAAAAGAAAAAUGAAAAAAAGUUGAAACAGCGUAAUAUUAUUAUUAACUGAUUGUGAUCAUCAUAAAUGAAUAUAAUGUACCUUUUUCUGUAUAUUUUGUACAUAUUGAUUAUAAUUAAUGAUUAAAAUUGCAAGAAUAAAAUAUUUAAAAAAUUA